GCACCUGAAUGUUCUUCAGUUGACCGUCAGACGCGGAGUAGGGCGGUUGUGUAGUCUGAAACAUCUUAGUUCUUCCUGACUCGUUGAAAUCUCCUGACGUGUUGGCUGGUGUACACGAUGAAGGCGUCGCUGUUGGUGUCGUUGGCGCUGGUCGCUGUGGCUCACGCUGGUACCUGCCCCAAGUACCCAAUCAUCCGGGACUUUGAUUUUCACAGAUAUAUGGGGUUAUGGUACCAACAAGACAAGCUUCAGGCAUCGUGGGAAGCUCCUGGCAGAUGUUGGAAGACGCUGUAUUCAAGAGACCGUAAGAAUGGACAGUUUAAAAUGAAGAUGAUCUUUAAGUCAACAAUAACGGGACGAGUGGAAGAAUACGACUCUCAGCUGACCUUACAGGGACCCGCCAAACCAUCCAUCAUUAAGUACACUAUCCCACUCACCUUUAUGGAGGACGAGUAUCAAGUAUUAGCCACAGACUACGAGAGCUUCUCCCUCGAGUACAAGUGUGACCCCAACGGCUUACUGGAGAAGAGCGAAUCCAUUUGGCUUUUAACACGAGAGAAGAAUCCAUCUCCUCUAGUACUUCAGAGAGCCUACGCCAUUAUGCAUCACCUUGGCGUCGACAUCCGGAAGCUGGAGCGAGUCGAUCAAACGUGUGGAGGAAUCGACAUAGGAGGGUCUCUCAGCUCGGUCGACUAUGACUAUUACUCGACCGGUCCACAAGUGCUCACAGACAAUAGAAGAUUUCAACCACAUCAGGCACAGGAAUUUUACCAAUAUGAUGAUUAUUACGAACCAGCUGGGGGGUUCCAAUCAGCUAGUGCCGUCCCAGUUCCCCAGCCCUCUGAGUCCCCCUCCAACCAGUUCGCUGUGUCAUUCCCGGUCCAGGACACAGAUAGCAAUAUUCGCCGUAGACCACGUCCUCCUCAAAGAUACGGCUCUUCUCUCUAUAGUUCUUCAUUUGACUAUGACUAUUUCCCAUCUAGCUUUGACACUGACCACCAAGAUUACUACGAGUCUGAGUACAGGAAACCAAACUUGAAACGGCAAUCGAUUCCAACUGAUGAACGAAUUAGUUUAGGUCAAUCUCUGGCUACUAGACUAUGGCACGUUCUUCACAGUCCCGUGAGAAAGUAGAGAGAUCCUUCACACUCCUACAGGAUAUAUAUAUAUGUGUGUGUGUGAAAAGUCCUAUCUUGAUCUACACCCAGCACACAUCCUCCUCCAUUGUAUCCUUUAGAAGAUCCUAUCAUGCCUUACCGCUGCAUCAUGUAUUUUAGAAUAGAAAUUUACCGUGAAUUAUUUUUUUUUGUAAACUAUUUGAAAACCUAUUUGCAUAUUUUCAUGGUAACAGACAUUCAGUUAUAUAUUUGUUCUACUCCUUCUAUUAUAAAUAUUUGAGAAGAAAAUAUAACUAAUAAUAAAAAUAAAAAUAUAUGGAUGUGUAUAAAGUUAAUAAAAUGAAAUAAUUGCCCCAAAAUGACAUAGAAAUUCCUUAUAAUAUGGUCGGUGAGAUUCUCCAUGCAUAAAGUACAAAUAUGUUGUUGAAAUGUUAUAUUACUGUAAUUUAAUGACAAUUCCUGUUCAGUUUGAUGUUUAGUUGCUUAUGUACAGUGUUAUUUGAUCUGUUGGGGGUAAAAUUGAUGUUAAUUUACAUUUUUAUUGUUAUUUAAGGGACCAUGUAAGAUGGGCUUUGUAAAUAUAUCGAAGGAUUCAUUUGAUUUUUUGAAACUAAAGUCUUGAAAAUUAAUAAAAUAUAUUGUUUAUCAUCUGAAUUACAAUCUACACAUUACAAACUACCUUUAUGUUGUCAUUAACUACAGGUAGGCCUAUUUGUCUGAGAAUAUUUGAGAAUUUACUAAACCCAUCUUAAGCCUAUCCUAAUUCCCUGCAGUGGCUGGACCUACAUGUAUUUAUCUAUAAUCUUUAUUUAUUAUAUAUUGGUCUGUAUUAUUUGUCUUAUAUAAAAUAAAUUUGCCUUUUUUGGAUGAUCUGA